CGCCCGGCCACAACGCCCGCGCGCCCCUGCAUUACUUGGGGCCGCUGCUCUCCAACCUGAGCCAGCGGCCUGCGGCGCGUGACUUCCUGCUGGACCCCGACAGGUGCGUGGUCCAGCGGCUGCUGCCCCUUACCCAAUACACAGACUCCUCGGUGCGCAGGGGCGGGGUGGUGGGGGCGCUGCGGAAUUGCUGCUUCGAGCACCGACACCACGAGUGGUUGCUUGGGCCUGAGGUGGACAUUCUCCCCUUCUUGCUACUUCCCCUGGCUGGGCCUGAGGAUUUCUCUGAGGAAGAGAUGGAACGGCUGCCCGUUGACCUGCAGUACCUGCCCCCAGGCAAGCAGCGAGAGCCUGAUGCUGACAUCCGUAAGAUGCUUAUUGAAGCCAUCAUGCUGCUGACAGCCACAGCGCCUGGUCGGCAGCAAGUACGGGACCAGGGCGCCUACCUGAUCCUUCGUGAGCUGCACAGCUGGGAGCCAGAGCCUGACGUGCGGGUGACUUGUGAGAAGCUCAUCCAGGUGCUUAUUGGGGACGAGCCAGAGCCUGGCAUGGAAAACCUGCUGGAGGUGCAGGUGCCCAAGGAUGUGGAACAGCAGCUGCAGCAGCUGGACCACCAGGAGCAGGAGCAGUUGGAGCGAGAGCAACAGGAGCUGGCGCUAGAGCCGGCGGGGCAGGGCCACACCACCUGAGGCCCUGCAGCUCAGCACCAGCUCCAGGCCCACCUUGCACACUUCCUGGACCAGUCCUGCCUGCAGCUGCCCACAGUUCCUGCUGAGAAGCAGCACACAGAAGCUUACACUUAGGCCCAGUCUGUGCUGGCAGUUCCACCGUGGAUGCCCAAUAAACACUGGAGGGUUGAGGGCACCUCCCAGCCCUGAGCCCUGUUGCUACCAGCAAGAACUCAGGUUGCUCAGAGCAGCACCAUCAAGCCAGAGCUGGCCAGGCCCUGUGACUCAGCUGCCUCCACAUGAGGUGGAGAUCACAGGCGGGUGGCCAGAGGGACCCUGAGGAGCCUCUUCCCAUGCCCAGUGGUAGUGCUGGACAGAAAAACAUUGCAAGCCCUGAGAUGCUGGUUGGAGCUUUCUGAUCCUAAGGGCACUGCAGGGUCUGGGCACAGUCAACCUAGGUGCAAGCAGUGCCCCCUACUAUCAACCCCAGGCACCGCUGCUCACCCUGCUGGAGACUGGGCCUCAAAGGGCUAACCCAGCCACACCCUGGUCCUAGGGUUCUCCUAGGCCUGCCCCCCUGGCCCAUCCUUGAGCACUUACUGGGCACUGCUUCCCUUGUGUUCUCUGCCCCCUCCUGCUUGGCCUGUGCCCAGGGUCCUGCCCUCACCCCUCAUCAGCUCCCUGUGUGCUCCUGGUUCCCAGUUCUGGGUCGAACUGGCACUCUCACCAGUCCCUUGAGCUAGGUCGCCUCCUUGGGCCUUGGCUGUUCUUCAGGACACUCAGACACUCCUGCUCCUGGCGCCCCUUGCCUACCUCUGCAGAGAGGCUCCUGGUUGUGCCUGCAGCCUUGCGCCCUGCCCGUUGGAGCCCACCGUGGGCCCAGGAGGCUUAUCUGCUUUUUCCUGGCUCCGUGUUCACCCCCUACCACCCCCAUCCUGCAGCUGCCAUGGCAGCUCUCACCUACUGUCUUCCCUUUCCUGAGCUCUCAUCAGACCUCACUGCCACCUUCUGCGCUGGGCUCCUGGUGCUGGUCCCUCCCCUCACCGAUGGGCCCUCCCAGGCCCUACACUCUGAUGAAGGAGCUGUAUGGCUUCCUGUUCACAGUGCCCCAUGCAGAGCCCUGAAGCUGAAGGUCCCUUCCCCCUUGUGCUCACUGCCAUGGCUGAGUGUUUCAUUGGGUGCCAGGCAUCUCCCUUCUCCGUGGUCCCCUCUAACCCACCCCCAUUAAAGCUCUGAUGCUCCAGGCAA